AUGUUGGGGAAUGCGGGGUCUGCCAUGAAGGUGUAUGCGGGUGCUGCUGGUUGCGUGGGUGCUUGGGGGGCGGGCUGGGCAGGGUGCGGUCAAGUGAGGGUCCUGGAUCGGGCUGCUGCCCGGUCUGCACUGGCUGUCCUCGACCUAACUGUGUGCUCUGAGGCUGUUCUCUCUGCGUGCUUCUCAACUGGCCCCUCUCUUCCGUGUGUUCCCUCUGCUGUGCCCGCCCUGGUGCUCUCUGUGGUGCACUCCCGUUCGCGUGCAUUGCUGGCCUUUCGUACUGUGGGGGGUGUUGGGGUGCCAUGCGGAGAGCAUAGUGCCGCUGCCAAGGUGCCUGUAAAGCUGUCAGAGAUCGUCGCUGGUGCCGGUUGUGCUGCUACUCCGGCUGCUCCCGAUGGCGUAGCUGUGUCUGCUGCCCUUGGUGUUGUUGCUACUGGUGCUGGCGCUGGCUGUGUAGUGGCACUGGUUGAAGCUAUUGCUGCCGUUGGUCCUGCUGCUCCUUGCAUUUCCGUUGCAAUGGCUGCUGGUCCUGCUGUCGUCGCAGCAACUGUUGCCGGUGUAACUAUUGCUGCUAUUUCAGUCACCCCCCAGGCUUGUAUCUCGCCUCCCCCCAGUCCCUCUGCUGAUGUUGCUGCUGCUGGAAUAGCCACUGUCCCCCCCCGCGGUCCUCCCUGCCUGAGGGGCUGUUGCUGCUGUGGGCUGCUUUCCACCUGCUCCCUGCCGGUGCUUCCUGCUGCUGGGAUAGCUGUAGCGGCUGCAUCUGCAUCUGUCCUGGCCGGCCCUCUCCCGUCCUCUUCCUCCCUGGCAGCUAGUGUCGUUGCUGCGGUGGGCUGCUGUUCACAUUGCUCCUCCGCUGCCGUGUACGCCCCUGUCCCCGCUCCCCUCAUGCCGCUGGGCCCAGCACCCUGUAUGAAGAGGCUGCUGGUGCUACCCACCUGUAGCAUGCCUGGCAUUGGGCUGGUUUGUGCUGCCGGUGGGUUCAGACUUGGUUGUGGGGCGGUGGGAGUAGGAGUAGGAGCCGGUGAAUCCAGGCCCGUUAUCCCUGGAAUUGGGGUGAAGGUUGGGUUGGUGUAUGAAGGGAGUACCAGUGCUGCAUCUGCCACCACCAGUGUCAUUUCUGCGUCACCCGCUGUUGUUAUCCCUGCUGUGUUGCCCGUUGCUCCGGCUGUUGCUGCUGUCACCCUUGCUGCUGGCGUCACUGCUGUCUCCAUCUCACUGUGUAGGGCUGAUGAAGGGCUCUCCGACGAGCCUUCACACGCCCCGAACGGAGCACCGAGCGCUGAGUUACGCGCAUUUAGUGCUAUGGGCACGCCUGUAGCAGUGAUCUACGCGGUUCUGUUCAUGGCUUGGUUAGACGAGAGGUUGCUAGAGACAGAGCCCGAGUUGUCGCAUCACGUCCUUCUCCACCGCAGGUUCAUAGACGACGGGGUGGUGGUUUGGACGGGGACACGGGAGUGGCUGCUGGAGUGGGUGGGGGCGUUUGGUGGGUUGGAGCAGACUAUUCGACUGACCCACGAGAUCUCCACCUCACAGUUCACCUUGCUGGAUAUCACGUUCAGCAAGGGAGAGCUCUGGCAGACGACGGCUAUCUUGGACACCACGACCUUCCAGAAGCCGCUCAACGUGUACCAGUACUUUCCUUUCUCCUCCGCGCACCCCUCUCACUGCAAGAGGGGCUUCAUCUUGGGUGAGCUGCAGCGGUACAUUCUGAGGGAGUCCAGUUCUCAGGGGUUUAGGAGUAUCAGGUUGGCCUUCUACGCUCGGCUGCGGGCGCGGGGGUACCCAGACACUUUCUUGCAGCCGAUCUUCAGCAGCAUCUCCUACGCACGACGCCCGGAGCUUCUUGCCAGGUCACGGGCUCGGGGGGAGGGGGAGCAGGAGGAGCAGCAGCGGGUUCUCCCUCUUGUUCUCGACUUCCACCCGAGUGUGCAGCAGGUCCGCUGGGGCACCUCCGUCGCUCCGACAGCUACUCGUGCGAGCGUCGUUCAGGUGACUGGGGUGCCCCUCUCUCACAGCACGUCACUUGUCUUUUGUGGGUGUCGUGCCGUCUCGGUUUGUCGUCUGCCGCCUCCCCGCCCUUCCUCCUUGUUUCACGGCACGUGCACACGGGUGGGGCCUUGGAGCGAGCACCUUUCUGCACUUCGCAGCGGCGUGCUGCAUUUGGUUGGGCCGUCGCAGCAGCACCAUCCCCGGUCCAGUCUCUUUGUUUUCUCACAGAGGCUGGACCCAGGGAUGCACGACAACCUCCCGCCUGACUUCUUUGAUUUCAGCCACACAGACCGUUAUGAGUACUGGGAUGCCUUUCUCCUCUUUGCACGGGACUUGGGUUUUGGUAGCAUGUGCAUUGUACCUUCCCCACCUCUGGCCAUAUGA